ACUCCAAGCGGAGAGGUGAGAGGAAGGGAAGGGAAAGGAAAUUAAAAAAAAAAGCGGAGUGGGCGUGGCUGCCUCCGGCACCUCUGCUGGCGGUGUGAGCAGUCCCACCCUGGAGUCUCCGCACUUCCCGGUGGCGGCGAGUUUCAACUAUAGUGAGUAUAAGAGUCUGGAUCUGUUCUGACUACUUAGAGCUUCCUGGAAUGAAAUCUGUUUUAGCUACAGGAUAACCCAUAUGUCUCAAGUUCUAUGUUCUCAUGAAGAAAAGCAUUUCUCUACUACAGGGGAGGUUAUGGAUCCAACUAUGGUGAAAAAUGUUUCGAAAAGGCAAAAAGCGACACAGUAGUAGCAGUUCCCAAAGUAGUGAAAUCAGUACUAAGAGCAAGUCUGUAGACUCUAGUCUUGGUGGACUUUCAAGAUCAAGUACUGUAGCAAGCCUUGAUACAGAUUCAACCAAAAGCUCAGGGCAAAGUAACAGUAAUUCUGAUACCUGUGCGGAAUUUCGAAUUAAAUAUGUUGGUGCCAUUGAGAAACUGAAACUCACUGAUGGGAAAAAUCUUGAAGGGCCACUGGAUCUCAUAAAUUAUAUUGAUGUGGCGCAGCAAGAUGGAAAGUUACCAUUUGUUCCUCUGGAAGAAGAGUUCAUCAUGGGAGUUUCUAAAUAUGGCAUUAAAGUAUCAACAUCAGAUCAAUAUGACGUUUUACACAGACAUGCUCUGUAUUUAAUCAUCCGGAUGGUGUGUUAUGAUGACGGUCUAGGAGCAGGAAAAAGCUUACUGGCACUCAAGACCACAGACACAAACUAUGAAGAGUAUAGUCUAUGGGUGUACCAGUGUAACAGCCUGGAACAAGCACAAGCUAUUUGCAAAGUUUUAGCCACAGCUUUUGAUUCUGUAUUAACAUCUGAGAAAUCAUGAGUUUCUGCUAGAAUGGAAGAUAAAUAACUUCAUUUGAAAGAACCCAGCAUUCAAAUGAAACAGGUGAACUUUUAUCUCCCCUGAAGAAUAAAGAAUCCUCAUUCCUGUUCAUAAAGAAGAAAAUGCAUUUUUAAAAUACUGAUCAUUUCAACCCUGCAAAUGUAUUAUUUUCUAAGCUCUCCAAAGCAUUUCUAAAAUCCAGUUGAGUGUUAUGGCUAUCAUUGAAAUGAACUUUCUCCUUGGAUUAUAAAAGCCUGCAUGCUGAAUUUUACCCCCUAGCAUACUCAUCUUAGGACCAGAAAGUAUUCUGUGUAAAAACAUUUUAAUGUGUAAUAAACAUUGCAACUUAG